AUGUCAGCUGCAGCGCUGGAUCCCAAAGGCUUCAACAAGCUCUACCUAAAUGGAGAGUAUGUUGCUGCAAAGGGCACCGAAACCUAUGCCCUCAGAAACCCAAAGGACAACUCUACUGUCACUGCUGAUGUUCCCAUCGCCAGCGCUGAAGAUGUCGAUGCUGCUGUGGCAUUUGCAGAAGCAGCCUUCCGCGGGCCAUGGAGCAAGUUUACCGCCGUGCAGCGAACCGAGUGCUUGCUGAAGCUGGCAAGCCUGCUAGAUGACGAGUUAACGCCGAUAUUGACGCUUGAUUCGCAAACAUCGGGUAUCCCUGUGUCUUUGGCGCCGGUUCGCGAACGCACGUAUAUCAAGAACUGCCUCGUCUACUAUGCAGGAUGGACCGACAAGCAAAAGGGCGAUUACUUUCCCGCCGAUGACGGCUUUGUUAAACUCGUUCGCCAUGAACCCUUGGGCGUAUGCGCCGCCAUCAACCCAUUCAACGGACCAUUAGCAACGCUCUUCCUCAAGACAGCACCCGCGCUGGCGACGGGCAACGUCAUCAUUGUCAAACCCAGUGAAAAGACGCCACUUGGAUCUCUCGCCAUUGCGCCUCUGUUUGCAAAGGCUGGUUUCCCGCCAGGCGUAUUCCAGGUCAUCACGGGUGCAGGUUCAACUGGCGCCUUGUUAGCAGAGCACAUGAAGAUUCGCAAAAUCAGCUUCACCGGCUCCCUCACAACCGGUCGCAAGAUCCAAGAAUUAGCCGCACGGUCCAAUUUGAAGCGCGUAACGCUGGAGUUGGGCGGUAAAAGCCCCGCGAUUGUCUUUGCUGAUGCAAACCUAGACAACGCCCUGACAUGGACCGUCAAUGGCAUUCUUACACGAAGCGGACAGCUCUGCGUGGCAGCAUCCCGUGUAUAUGUGCAACGGGAAAUAGCGGACGUCUUUAUUCAGCAGUAUGUGGAACGAAUGAAGGCUGCAUCCAAUGAUUUCGGUGAUCCACAGGACCCAGGCGUUAAGUUUGGGCCACUGGUUGACGAGGGCCAACUUGCACGAGUAACGGCCAUGGUUGACAAGGCGCGUAACGACGCUGAGUUGGUAGUUGGUGGUGCUCGGCUGGGCACCACGGGAUGUUAUAUGGAGCCGACCGUGUUUCUGAAUCCCAAGAACGACUCGGAGAUUUAUAAAAAUGAGGUGUUUGGCCCUGUGAGCAUCAUCAAGACAUUUGACACAGAGGACGAGGUUAUUGACAUGGCAAAUGACACCGAGUAUGGUUUGACGUCUGGUGUCUUUACAAGGGACAUUGCUAGAGCCUUGCGUGUUUCGGCGGCCAUUGAGUCUGGUGUUGUGGGCAUCAACUGUGUGAGUGUGCAAAAUAUGCAAGUGCCGUUUGGUGGGAAGAAGCAAAGUGGUGUUGGGAGGGAGUUUGGAGAGUAUGCUCUGCGUCUUUUUACAGAACCCAAGACGGUCUUGAUAAACAUGGCCGCAUGA